UGUUCCGGCGCCAGGAGGAGCCGCGCGCUGCUGCCUCUGCUGUUGCUGCUGGUGCUGCCUCCGCUGCCGUCAGUCAGGCUCCGCCUGGUUCUUCAUCGCCCAUUUCCCUCUAAACCAUCGCCGCUGCUACAUCCUGCUGCGGGCUCGGAUCUUGCCAGGAAAAUGUCUGAUGAAUUUUCGUUGGCAGAUGCACUACCUGAACACUCCCCUGCCAAAACCCCUGCUGUGAGCAAUACCAAACCUGGUCAACCUCCUCAAGGCUGGCCAGGUUCCAACCCUUGGAAUAACCCAAGUGCUCCACCUUCUGUGCCAUCUGGACUCCCACCAAGUGCAACACCCUCCACUGUGCCUUUUGGACCAGCACCAACAGGAAUGUAUCCCUCCGUGCCUCCCACCGGACCACCUCCAGGACCCCCAGCACCCUUUCCUCCUUCUGGACCAUCAUGUCCCCCACCUGGUGGUCCUUAUCCAGCCCCAUCUGUGCCAGGCCCUGGCCCCACAGGGCCCUAUCCUACACCAAAUAUGCCCUUUCCAGAGCUACCUAGACCAUAUGGUGCACCCACAGAUCCAUCUGCAGCUGGUCCUUUAGGUCCAUGGGGAUCCAUGUCUUCUGGACCUUGGGCACCAGGAAUGGGAGGGCAGUAUCCUACUCCUAAUAUGCCAUAUCCAUCUCCAGGGCCAUAUCCCACUCCUCCUCCUCCCCAGGCACCAGGGGCAGCACCACCUGUUCCAUGGGGCACUGUGCCACCAGGAGCCUGGGGACCACCAGCACCAUAUCCUGCCCCUGCAGGAUCAUAUCCCACACCAGGACUCUAUCCUACUCCCAAUAAUCCUUUUCAAGUGCCUUCAGGACCUUCUGGUGCUCCGCCAAUGCCUGGUGGCCCCCAUUCUUACCAUUAAGUUAACAGUGGAUGAAGAGAUGGCGCUUUGCUUUUUGAAGUACAUAUAUAUGCAAAUGAAUGCAUAUAUAAAAAUUGCUGGUUUCACUAUUCUUAGAGGGCAUUCAUGAAAGAACAACUCUUGCACCUCUCAGAAGAUAUCUGCCUCUUGGAUGUGUAGUACAAAACAUAGAAGAUAAAAACAUAGAAGUAAAUCAUUCAGGUGUGAUUUUAUUUGGUUUUCAUGGGGGGAAAACGAUUAAAUUGAAUAGCUCUUUGAUACAAUUUGUUUAAAUUAUGAAACUACACAUUUAAAAAUCUAAGAUGAUAUGGAUUAUUGUUAAAAUAUUUUGCCAAUGAAGUUGCAGAUUUUAAGUAUUUUUCUAUAAUCACUCCCCUCCCCCAAAUAAACUUCAAAAACAAUCACAUUAUAAUUUAAACAAAUGAUGCCUCUGAACAUUUUGAGCUGCUCUCCUAUGUGAUAAAUAAACCUGGUCCUCUUAUGGUUUUAUUUUGGAUACACCUUUUUUUAAACUAAUUACUAUCAGAUGUUCAUUAUCCAGCCAGUGUUCAUUUUUAUUCUCAGAUUUUUAGUAAAAAACUUAGAUUUGUUUUAUUUUUGCCAUAUGGAUUAUAUAGCUCAGCUCUAAAAUCUGCCAUUUAUGAAAAAUUAGUCUUAUUUUGCAGUGCUGGGAAUAGAACCUAGGGCCUCACACAUGCUAGAUUGCCACUAAGCUACACCCAUAGCCCUAACUUUUUUCUUUUUAAUCCAUUCAGAGAACGGAUAUCUGUUUGUAUUACUUUAGAAUGGAUUAUAAGAUAUGCAUAUUGCUUUGGGAAGAGCUCAAGGAAAGAAUUGUUUUGUUUUAAACCUCAAACUAGAUAAACCCUAGAAAUUGCUUCAUUUCCAUGAAACCAGAGGUUUAUUUUCUGCCCAGACCAUUCCCUGAAGUCACCCUCCACCCCCCAGUUCUUUAGAGGGAACACAUCUUUUGAUGACUCCCUUAUAUAGAAGACUAGCACACAAUGUGGGAUUUGUUAUCAGAACAUACAGAAUAUACAGCAGUUAUGUUUGGAGAACUUUAUAAGUCGUACAGACAUGACUGUUCUCUUUGUACAAGUGUGAAUCAAAAAUGUUUCUGUCUUUCAGAGUCUGGUUAAGCUAUGUCAUUGUCUCCUGCAUAGUUUCCUGAAUCUGUAAAGUAUUUAUGGCUGUUAAGUUCUGUAUUUGUUGACAGGCAGAUAAGUGGAAUUGAGUACCAUCUUUGAAAACAUUAUCUUCUACAGUGAAAAUAAUAAAUUGUAGCUCUCUGCAACUGA